AUGGCAUUGGCUAGUGUUUGGGGUUAUAAAUCAAAUGAUGAUUUUUCUCGUUCUAUUAAAUGUUCAAAAGUUGACGAUGGUAUUGAUCAACUCGAUGAAAAAUUAAACAUUGAAAAUAUAUCAAAAUUUAUAACAUUACCACCAUUUUCAGAUCCCGCAAAAUAUUUGAAAAUGGUUAAUGAUAAUGUUGAUCGUGUUCGAAUACAAUUUUUGAAAGGAACAACAACACUUGCAUUUAAAUUUCGAAAUGGUGUAAUUGUCGCUGUUGACAGUCGAGCAACAGCUGGAGGAUUUAUUGCAUCUGGUGAAGUUAAAAAAGUAAUUGAAAUAAAUCCAUAUUUAUUGGGAACCAUGGCUGGUGGUGCAGCUGAUUGCGCAUUUUGGGAAAGAGUAUUAGCUCGCCAUUGUCGAUAUGAAAUGAGUACAGCUGAUGCAAUUGAUUUGGGUCGUCGUGCUAUUGUUCAUGCUGCUCAUCGGGAUGCUGCAUCAGGAAAUAUUGUCAGAAUAUAUCAUAUGAAAGAGACUGGUUGGGAAAAAAUCGAAGAAGAAGAUACAAACAAUUAUAUGUAUCGCUAUAGACAAGAUGAAACAAUGAACUUUUAG